AUGCGGAUGCCCGCCAACGAAAAUACCGUCGCCGUCGCCGCCGCCGCCGUCACCGUUGCGGCCGACAACCGGCCGGCUGCCGCCGCCGUCGCCGCCGCCGAUUCCGCUCUUGUUUCUUCAUCCCCUUCCGAGGCGGCUCAUCGGCCUGCUCCCGCCACUUCUGCUUCCAUCGCUGCUGCGCUUCCUCCUCCUCCUCUUCCUGCUCCUCCUCCUCCUCCGCCUCCUACGUCAGUCCCAUUCAUGCCGUUGACGUUGUCUCGCUUGUCGCGCCAUGACGCCGCCCUAGUUGCUGGCCGUCUCGAACCUUAUUCAUUUACUACCCAACAACACCCGCCGCCGCCGCCAACCUACUACCGCCGGUUGGCUGCGGCUCCAGGUCCGGGUCCCGGUCCGGGUCCCGGUCACGGUCCCGGUCUCAUACCAGGUCCAACUUCGGCUCCAAAACCUUCUCCAAACCUAACUCAAGGCCCGGCACCACCCUCAACCGCCGCAUCUUCUGCCGCCCGCCAUGGCGCGUUUAGAUUACCUCCGUCGCCUUCGCCCACUCCUUCACAUCCCAACACCUUCAACCUCGCCGGCCAUGAGAGGAACCACAGCAGUUCAAGCUUCGCCAGCACCAGCAACAGCUUUGCCGCCACAUCAGCACCGCGCCCCGACACUUCUCAGCCCGGCCGCUGUUCCGUCAUGGCCCUGCAAAAUGUCUUGUGCGACCCGGACGACGACGUAAUCAUGACUUCGUCGCGCUCUAGUCACCCACCCACACCACCUAAUCUUGAUGCCCUCAACGCCCCCACCACAACAGCAUCCGCUCCCAUCUCUCCAGCUUCGGAUCCGCUCGAGACACCUGCUUUUGUGGCGCGUCCGAAUCCUUCUCACGUGGUCAUGACCACUCGGCCUCAGCUGCAUACUCCUCACACCCAACACAAUGAACCUGGCUGCAAGACAUGUCAGAUCCGCAAGAUGCCAUGUGACGAAGGUCGUCCCUCAUGCCAAAAUUGCUCACGCAUGGGCAUCCAUUGCUUGGGCUACUUCACUCCGAGUCAUGCCAACGCCCAACAGGUUCCGGACCGCUCCGUACCCAGCGUGAGUGCUAACGCCAAACGCCAGGACCAAGAAGAGUAUCUGUUCUUUCUCCUCGAUCACUACCGGCAUACCAAGCGCCACUGUAUGUGGGAGCUUAUCACUCUUGAUUUCAACGAGCACUUCUCUUGUAACAUGCGGAAGGAGGCCUUGCAGAUGAUCAAACGACGGCGCUUCAAGGAUAAAGAGUAA